UCAGAAGCGUCGCUUUCAUGACGCCCAGCUGAAAGUCGUCCAUCAGCGUGCAGCUCAGCUCCGUGUGGACCGGUCAUCUGGAAGCCGCUAAUGCCCUUCACAGACGGCUCCUUCGAAGCACAUCGGUCCAGAAUCGCCUCUGAAAGUUUGCUGCAGGCGAGUUUGCGCCAUGCCUGCUCGACUGUUCGAGAACAGCCGCAUCGCCGCCGGGCUGCUGGUGAACUUGCUCUCCUCCAUCUGCAUCGUCUUUCUGAACAAAUGGAUCUACGUCCACUAUGGCUUCCCCAACGUGACCCUGACUCUGGUUCACUUCGUGGUGACCUGGCUCGGUCUGUUUGUGUGUCACAAGAUGGACAUUUUCUCUCCGAAAAAUCUCAGACCCACCAAAAUCAUUCUGCUGGCUCUCAGCUUCUGUGGAUUCGUCGCUUUCACUAACCUGUCCCUCCAAAACAACACCAUAGGCACAUACCAGCUGGUCAAAGCCAUGACCACUCCGGUUAUUAUCGCCAUUCAGACUCUCCACUACAGAAAAACCUUUUCCCUGAAGAUUAAACUGACUUUGGUGCCAAUCACUCUGGGGGUCAUACUGAACUCCUAUUAUGACGUGAAGUUUAAUAUGCUGGGGAUUGUUUUUGCAACACUGGGAGUUUUUGUCACAUCGCUGUACCAAGUGUGGGUGGGUGCGAAGCAGCAUGAGUUGCAGGUAAACUCCAUGCAGUUGCUGUAUUACCAAGCCCCCAUGUCCUCGGCUUUCCUCCUCGUGAUCGUCCCCUUCUUCGAGCCACUCACUGGAGAGGGGGGCAUCUUCGGCCCCUGGUCCAUACAGGCUUUGAUGAUGGUUUUUCUGUCUGGGGUUAUUGCGUUCCUCGUGAACUUGUCCAUAUACUGGAUCAUCGGGAACACCUCUCCGGUCACCUACAACAUGUUUGGACACUUUAAGUUCUGCAUCACUUUGCUGGGGGGAUAUGUGCUGUUCCACGACCCGCUCUCUCUGCACCAGGGCCUGGGCAUCCUCUGCACGCUCAGCGGCAUCCUCGCGUACACACACUUCAAAUUGGCCGAGCAGGAGGAGGGCAAGAGCAGGUUGGCUCAGCGCCCGUAAGCCAUCCGCCACACUAAUCAAGUGCCGUUUAAGAGUUCCAGCAGUGCCUGAAGGACGUCAGAGACAAUAUAAUGGACCAUAACCCAAACAUUGGGACAGUUUAGCUGCUGGAGUUAGGAAGUUAAGGUUUACAAGCCAGGUAAAUGUUCAAAGACAAGGGAUGAGUCUGUUCAGUGUCAAAAUAAAUGUCUGCUGUAAACGUGGAUGGUACACUGUAUGUCCAAAAGCAUCCAGACAAUCUUUCUAAUGAGCUAAUUCAGCUGCUAAAGUGCACCAACUGCUGACACAAGCAUUUAGUUGUCAGCUUCUAUAAUCUCCAUAGAAAAGCAUUGCCAACAGACUGCAGAGGGCAGAUGAACUGCACUGUGUGGUCCAGAACUUGACCUCAGUAAUGCUCUUGUGGCUGAAUGCAGACGAAUCUUCACAGCAUUGUUCCAACAUCUCGUGUAAAGCCUUCCUGGAAGAAUAGAAGCUGUUACUGCAGCAAAGGGGAACAAACUCCCUAGUUAUUCUCUUGAUUUCAGAAGAAAUGCUGGACAAGCAGGUGUCUAAAGACUUUUUGGACAUAUAGUGUACAUAUUUUUGUAUUUCCUUUUUUUUUUAUUGAUGUGCCCAAUGCAAAUGACUCCACGCACACCAACAAACAAAAUGAACAUUGCUCCUGCUUGACGAACAAGAAGCGUCUGUUAAAAAGUAAAAAGUAAUGUCUUUUGUUUCAAAUACAGUAUUUUUGCAUUGUUCGGUAUCAAACAUAUUCUGUAAGAAAAUAAAAUGUCUAUUGUAAGUAUUGUUUUUUGUUUGUUUUCUUUUACUGUUGUGUUUUAAUUGACAUGCCCAUUGAAAAUGGCACAACACCAACUAAAUAUCGGAUUCAUUUGCUCUACAUAACUGUAAAGACUUUCUACAGUGUUCCCAUUAAAAUGAAGGUAUUUGUUUGCAGGAUGUCAGUAUGCUGUGUUUAGAUGACCUGGUCAGGUUUCAACACUCAGUCAGCAUGUCAUUGCUUCGUGACAUGGUUGCUCAAGACGUAAAUGUGGUCCAACUGGAAUUAAAUGCAGUGUCACUGGAAGAAUUGGAAUGGAAGAAUUUGGAAUUUUGUGGCUUUCUCAACUCGGAAUUCAACAUAGGUACUGACUGCAUAUCAGAUAUGUGAACGGUGCGGAACAGAAGCUGUUUCGUUUGGAUGUGUCUAAACAAUGCUGUCAAUGUUCAAAUGUUAUUGCUUUUUUGGUAUUUUGAUGGUUUUAUUUAAUCAAGUUUUUUUUCAUACUGUUGUCUACAAUAAAACAUAUUUUAAUGA